GGAAUCCUUUAGAGAUGGGAUAGCAGGCCAUGCUAUUCCUGGAAAUAGUUCAUAUUUACCCAGCUGUGGAUUAAAUCACAGCUGAGCAAAACGGAGCUCCUUAAAAUCAAAAUUACCUAUAAAGAAAAACAUCGAAUUUUUAGCGAUGUCCGUACGAUAUACUAAGCAGCAGUUAUGCGAAAUCCUUAAGGCUGCCAGUGUCGGCUCCCAGCCCAGCGAUAUGGGCCCGGGGAGUCCUGACGAUGAGCCCAGCACCUCGGGGCUGGGCCAGCAGGAGAAGGAUGUCGCGGGGCUACAAUCGAAGGUGGUGAAGCAGGCCAUCGAGAGCCCUGUGCCGCAACGCCAGAUCUCGGCCGACGGCAACAUUUGUCUGGAUCUGGAGAGCGGUGCCCGAAAUCUGUCCAACAUUCGCCCGGACGACUGGAACUGCUGGACUGAAGGCAACAACAGCGAUGCGCUGUUUACGGAUUCAUCGGCCGUUCCGGUGGAUCUUGUCCGUUCGAUGGUCCCCAAUCGCCGUGAGAGCUUCUGCAAGGCCUUUUUCAGCAGCCUCUGUGACUGGAUGAAGCGCAUUGCCGCCGGCUUCGGUCUGACUCCCCAGGAGUCGGUCUCGGGCUGGUACAAGCACUGCUGGGACACACUCGGAACCGACGCUCUGGAUCAGCACCAUGGCUUCGGACUGGACAGCAACCCCAAACCAAUCGCCACCUCCACGCCCAUGCGUGCGAACAAUUCUAAAAUUGCUCCAUAACAAUCCACACAGCAUAUUUUUCGCAUUCAAAUUGAUUUCAAUUGAACACCCACACACACCAUAACUCCAUAACAAUCCCAACGGCAUUCAAACUGAUUUCAAUUCAACUCAAAAUAAACUUUAAUGACUAUUCUGA